AUGGACGCCGCAACGAUCGAAGAGACCAACAGGAUUCGUGUCUCCCUGGGAAUGAAGCCUCUGCCUGUCCCAGGAGCAGAUAACACCAGCCAAACUCAGUCAAUGUACGCGGAUGGCGAUGCACCCAGCACACUGGAGAGUCGCCAAGCUCAGGCCUACGACAACUACAACAAAGUCAUUGAAGCGGAAAAGGCAAAGAAGAGGCGCGAAGAGAAAGCUGCAGCUGUCCGAAAAGCCCGGGAGCAGGCGCAACGAAAUGCAGUUCUGGAGGGCAAAGGCUUUGGAGAAGCCGAGGAGGGUGGCGAUCUCAGCGCCAAAGACUGGCUCAUAGGCCAAAAGAAGCGACAGAAGCAGAUUGCCAAAGUCAGGAAAUUGGAAGAGGAGCUGGCCGCAGCCGAGGCUGAAGCUGCUGCAGCAGUUCAGUAUACUUCCAAGGAUCUUGCUGGCAUCAAAGUUGGACAUGACACAGCGGCUUUCCUCGAUGGCGACGACCAAAUUCUCACCCUCAAGGAUACAACUAUUGAUGAGAACGAGGAAGAAGGUGACGAGCUGGAGAAUCUAAACAUGCGCGAGGCCGAAAAGCUUGCCGAGAGACUUGACAGCAAGAAGAAGAAACCGGGUUAUAACCCUCUAGAUGACGACGAGGAGGGUGAGCGUGGUAUCCUGUCACACUACGAUGAGGAGAUCGAGGGCAAGAAAUCCAAGAAGUUCACACUCGACACAAGUGGCGUCAUUGCAGAGCUCUCAGAUAUCCUUGAAAAGCCGGUUGACAAGACAAAGAAUGGCCAGAACGUGAGCUUGGACGACGUUAUUGGUGAGUCCAGCUUGCGUGCCCAAAGAAAAGAAUAUCAUACUAACGAUCCAACCUUUAUAGGUGAUGCUCCUAUCUCUUCAGACUAUAUAGAUCCCUCACAGAUCAAAGUCAAGAAGCCUAAAAAGAAGAAGGGCAAGAAGGGAACCAGACAAAAGCCCACAGACGAUGAUGAUCUCUUUCCUACUGAAACAACUACCAUAGAUGACGUGAUGGACGUCGACUCAAAAGACACGACGACAAAGAAGAGAAAGGCAGUCGAUGAUAUUUUUGUGGAUGAUGACGACCUUCAAGCAACACUCGCGAUCCAAAGAAAGAAUGCCUUGAAGAAGCGAAAGAAGACCCGACCUGAAGACAUCGCCCGACUGCUUAAGGAGGAUGACGAGCCAGAACCAGUAGAGCAACAAGAGGGUGGCCUUGUUCUCGAUGAAGUCUCAGAGUUUGUUGCAGGCCUAAGUAAACCCGGUGAAAGCGAAGAGCGCAAGCCCAGAAGACCAAAGACUGUAUCAAAAUCCCCAGAACCCGAUGACGAUCACCCCAUGGGUGACGAUGCAGAAGUGGCUGAAGAGAGGCCCCAAUCAUCAGCUGUCGAGGACUUGGAUGAGGCGGGCGUCGAAGAAGAGAAGGCCGUUGGUGCAGGUAUGGGCGCGGCGCUCGCGCUAUUAAGAGAGCGUGGUCUCGUGGAAGAUACACGUGGGGAUGCGGAAUAUACCAGCUUGCGAAACCGAGAAGACUUCCUCGCCAAGAAACGUCUUUUGGAAGAAGAGCUGGACGAGCAGGCACGCGCCCAGCGAGAGCGUGACCGUACAAGUGGCAAGCUGGAUAGAAUGUCGGUUCGUGAGCGUGAGGAGUGGGCACGUCAACAAAACACCUGGCGAGAUCAGCAGCAGUCUCGACGCAUGGCCGAGCUGUUCUCAGCAGGAUACAAACCCAACGUCGACAUCAAGUACACCGAUGACCACGGCCGUUCUCUUGACCACAAGGAGGCGUUCAAGUACAUGAGCCACAAGUUCCAUGGCAAGGGAAGUGGUAAGGGCAAGACAGAGAAGCGGCUCAAGAAGAUUGAGGACGAGAAGCGACGCGAAGCACAGAGCAUGUUUGACGCAAGUUCUGCCGGUAUGAGUCUGGCAGCUCAACAGCAGCUCAAGAAACGACGGGAAGCUGGCGUACGACUUGCAUAA